AUGCCGAGGCGCCAGACGUACACGGUCUGCAGCGGCUGCAGCAACUGGGUGUACGACUGGAAGCUGCAGCGUUCGGGAGGCUGGUGCAACAAGUGCAACGACUACCUCAGCGGGUGGAGCGAGCAGCCGUCGUCUGCGGGCCGCAGCCAGCGAGGGGCCGGCAAACCCCCGUGGGCAAAGCAGCCCGCCACGUCGCCCGCGGACGAGGUGCAACACAUUAUUAACAAGUUCCAGCUGGGGGAGGGCGCCUACGCCACAGCCAAGGCCACGGUCGACCUUGGCCCGCUGCAGGCGCUCCAGGCUCAGCUCACUGCCAAGGCGCCGACGCCCGCGGAGAUCCCGAAGGCUAAGGCGCUCAGGCAGGCGAUCAGCAACAUGGACCAGAAGAGGGUGGCGCUGGCGAAGGCGACGAGCCAACUCGUGGAGGCGGAGCGCUGGCUCGGCGUCGCCACGGAGAGGCACAACAAGGCGCUGGAGGAGGCAGCGGACGCGGAGGAGGAGCACGAGGCCAUCCUACGGGCGUACUCCAGCGAGGCCAUCCCCUCGCUGGACGAAGCUACGGCUACGGAGUGGAAGGCGCCCGAGGUGGACCCCACGCUCUUCGACAACCUGGACGACUACGAGCCUGAGGAUAAGAACAAGCUACUCAAGUUCAGGUCGGAUCUGUCGUCCCUCGCGCAGCUGCUGGAGAGCGCCCAGAAGCAGUACACGGAGUUCACGGAGCUUAAGAAGCAGGCGGACGCCAUCCAUGCUUCCCACAAGGCGAAGAAGCGGAAGCCGAACACAGGCGAAGAGACACCAGCAGCGGCACCUCCACCAGCAGCCGAUGGCGGCUCCAGUGCAACCGCUGGCGCUGCGGCGGUCAAGCAACCGUCAGAGGAAGAGGUGCAGCAGCGCAAGGACAGACUGGAGAGGAGCCUGCUCAAGCUGAAGGCGCUGCUGCUGCUGGUGGCCAGCGCCUUUAGCAAGGUGUUCUUCUCGAACAUCACGCAAUGGGGCCCCAAGGCCCACAAGUUCAUCAACGAGCAGGGCAACGACAUGGACAUCAUCAUGAUGUGCGAGACGCAUCUGGCGCAGGAUCAGAUGAAGCAGGUGAAGGUGGACGUGGCUAAGGACGGCUGGAAGUCGGCGGGCACAGCGGCGGUGCCCACGAAGCGCUCGGCGGACGGGACCUCGGGCGGUGAGCUUAUCCUGGUCAAGUCCCACAUCGCCUGCUCCACCUACGACACCAUCAGAGAAAGGCUGCAGAACG